CUUCCGGCCAAGCCGAAAGAGAUCCGGAAGCGGUUCGCCGAGGCGGCGCGGACGCAGUCGCAGGACGACACGACUCGCGCCAAGGGGGGCGACCUCGGCGAAGUCUGCGGCGGCGACCUGCCGGCCGAGCUUGAGGAGGCUGCGCGCGCGCUCGCCGUCAACGGAGUGAGUCAGCCCAUCGAGACGGAGCGAGGGGCGCACCUCCUGCUGCGCACCGCCUGA